CAGCACUGGACUAUGACUUGCUAAAACAUCACGCUAAACUUGUUACAGCUGUUUAACUCCAGAGCAGAAGCAAUGGAGAUUCCAAUAUUUACUGUUGAUGCUUUUACUAAUUUACCUUUCAAAGGUAAUCCUGCUGCAAUAUGUCUUCUAGAGAAUGAGCUGAGAGAUGAUCUUUAUCAGAGCAUUGCUGCUGAGAUGAAUUUAUCAGAGACUGCUUUCAUCACAAGACGGAAUUCUAUGGAUUUCUCCUCAGGUUCAAGGUUUGGAUUACGCUGGUUUACUCCCACAAAUGAGAUUCCACUAUGUGGACAUGCAACACUGGCCUCAGCAGCAGUGCUCUUUUACCUGAAAAAAAAUGUCAACCCUGUACUGGUGUUUGAGACUAUGAGUGGGGAUCUUUAUGUGCGCCAGCAUGAAGAAUCUCUAAUAAUGGACUUUCCCUUAAACAAACCAAACCCCCAGGAUCAACAUGAAAUCAGGGAUCUUUUGAAAGCCGUAGUAGGAGAUGUACCCAUUCAGGAAGUGUGCUACAGUCCAACCACAAGGAAACUGAUGAUUCGUCUGGCUGACACAUGCGACAGAUCUGAACUAACAUCUUUGAAGCCUGAAGCAGAAACUCUGCUGAAAAAUGAAUCCACUGGGAAGAUUAAAGGUGUCAUCGUUACAAUGAAGGGAGCUCCAACCGCACAACCUGGAUAUGACUUCUAUUCCCGUUACUUUGCUCCUUGGGUUGGGAUCCUUGAAGAUCCAGUCUGUGGGUCUGCGCAUACAGUUCUUGCUGCCUACUGGUCUGAAAAGCUGAACAAAAAGAAAAUGUUGGCCUACCAGUGUUCCAGUCGUGGGGGAGAGCUGGGGCUGGAGGUUAGGGAUGAUGGUCGACUCAACAUCAGUGGUCAGGCACAGAUCGUUCUUCAGGGAACUCUUAAAAUCUAGAUAACCUAUAAAACCUUUUCACUGAAUGUGUUAAUAGUUUAAUGGAAAUAAGUCAAUUUUCUGAUGUUUCAUUCACUGAAUGGGCAAAAUAGAAUACAAAUUAUUUGGUUUUUAAAAGUUUGUAAAUCUGAAUGGAUGUUUUAUACAUUUUAUUGCAGAAUAUUAAUAAAAUUGUGUUGGGCAGAGUAAGGCUAGAUCUUCUGAUACUGAUCCAGGAUGCAGCAAACCAGGGUUACAGUCAUAGGGAGAAACUGAAGCGAGAGAUCAGAGAUGAUGGUUGACUGAACAUCACUCAUCAGGCAUUGAUCAUCCUGCAGGGGAAUCCCAGCAGCUGCUCUGAUGGAUGACUACCAGCUGCCUUUUUAUUUAGAUUGUAUAAUAAAGUCUACACAUUUUCAAAGACAAUAAAAGGUAUUUACAAGAAAAUACCAAUAGGUGAAAUGCAAAUGCCAUCAACAAAGAACAAUACAGCAAGUGGUUUAGUGUAGAAUAUAUAUAUAAAAAAAUGUAAAUGAUAGAUUAGCAUUAUU